UAUUCUGUGAUAAACCAGUUCGGAAUUUUGUGUUGUGAAUGGAGUUUGUGUUUUUGAAGUUCUGUGCGAGAAGAAUUCUUGAUAUUAAAUUAUUCUGAACCUGACAAGAAUGAGGGGCAUAUUUUAUAAUAUUAAGUAGCUAAAUCUAUAAGUACUGUAUAGGUGUUGUGAAAAGAAAAUUUUAAAUUUAUUUUGGAGGUUAAUGCAUCGUGUUCGAGGCGCAUGGUAUCGCAUGAUGAUACAAUGAAGCAGUUUAAAAUGAAGAAAAUGGGCAAAACACACCCUGGACAAAAGCAAAACUAUUUGGCUGGUCAAUCUGAAAAGUAUGCAGGUGAUGGUGAUAUCAGCAAAAAGUGGUACAAUGUGUUUCAAGAUGAGGAGGGAGAAUUUCCACAGCUGUCAAUGGACCAAAUUGAUAAACUGAGAUGUGAAGCUCAGAAAAUUCAGGAGCAAGAAUCUGCAUCUUACAAUACUAAAGUCUCGGAGAGUCGACUGAAGUCAGAUUACAACUGGAUUUACACCAUUAUGAAUAAAGGAACAGUAGCCGACAGAGUUGCUUCUCAUACUAUUGCCAUUCAAGACUCUCCAGUCCACACACUUGCAUUACUUCGGAAUCUUGUCAGUAUGGUGAAAGUUAAUAAGAAGAAGGAAUGUACCAUGGUUUUAGAUACUCUGACAGAGCUGUUCUUGUCAGAUUUGCUACGACCAGAUCGGAAACUUAGAGAAUUUGAAAAGUGCCCCCUCGCACUUCUAGACAAGUACAGUUCUGGUAACCAUGUAAAAAACAUUCACUGGUAUUAUGAAGAUCAACUAAAAAAAUUGUAUUGUGGUUUUAUUGUGGCACUGAACACAGUUUCCCAAGACUCUGUAGAACGGAACAAGGAGAAAGCAAUAACAGCUACAUAUAAACUUCUGGCAGGAAGUCCCGAACAAGAAGCACUUCUUCUUAGAAAUCUUGUUAACAAGCUUGGGGAUCCAAGCCAGAAGGUUGCAUCAAAAGCCAUCUAUAGUCUGAUCCAGUUGUUGCAGGUUCACCCUAACAUGAAGUUUGUAGUCAUGGGAGAAACUGAGAAGUUACUGUUCAGGCCCAACAUUAGCCGUAAAGCACAGUACUAUGGGAUAUGCUUUCUAUCACAUUUCCUGUUGUCUAAUGAUGAAGCUGAGCUAGCCAGGAGUCUCAUUCAUAUCUACUUCUCUUUCUUUAAAGCAUGUGUUAAAAAGGGUGAAAUCGAUUCACGAAUGAUGACUGCUCUGCUGACUGGAGUGAACAGGGCAUACCCAUAUGCAAAGCAAGAGAUGGAGAAGAUGUUGGAACAUAUAGACACCAUGUACAGAGUGGUGCAUUAUGCCAGUUUUAAUGUGAGCCUACACACACUUACCUUGCUGUUCCAAGUGGCAGACUUUGCCAACUCCGUGUCUGACAGGUUCUACUCUACCCUCUACAAGAAGCUGCUGGACCCCAAGUUAGCGACCUCAUCACAUCAAGCAUUGUUUCUCAGUCUUCUGUUCAAGGCUUUAAAGAAAGAUGGUGACAUCCACAGGGUGAGGGUGUUCUUUAAGAGAUUGUUUCAAAUCUGUGGAUAUUUGCCAGUGUCGCUCGUGUGUGGUAUAUUAUACAUGACCUCACAGUUGACCCAUAAGAAGGAAAGUCUUCUAGCACUCAAUAUAGUGUCUACAGGCUUUACUAAUGAUGACGAUGAUGAUGAUGAUGAUGAGCAUUAUGACGACAUCAAGCUUGAGGAGCAUGAAGAACUUGGAACCUCUCAGGAUGGAAUAGGUUCUGAGGAGAAGAGCAACGAUAAUGUUACUGUUGUGGCGUCUGCCCCUACCUGGUUUCAUUGUCAGAAUGCAAGGUCUGGAAAUGGUAUGCAGAAGAAGACAGCUGCUUACAACCCAUUUCAGAGAAACCCAUUGUUUGCUGGUGGAGAGCACUGUGCUUACACAGAACUUUUGAAACUGAGUCAGCAUUUCCAUCCAACUGUCACACUGUUUGCUAACAAGAUCCUGCAAGGUGAGGUCAUUAAGUACCCAGGGGAUCCUCUCCAAGACUUUACUCUUCCAAGGUUUCUAGAUCGAUUUGUAUUUAAAAAUCCAAAAAAGAAUAUCAAAGAAGAGGUGAUUAGGAACUCCAAGUUUUCACGUAAGAAAACAUACAUUCCUUCAGGCAUCAGGUCUCUGCGUGUUGACAGUGCUAGCUACCUCAAUGAAGAUGAAUCCAAAAUCCCAAUUGAUGAGCUCUUCAUGUACAGAUACUUGCAUAAGAAGAGAAUCAGGAAUGGAAAGAAGAAAGAUGAGGAUGCUAGGAGUGAUGCAUCUAGUGUAGAUAGUGAGGAGUUUCAUGAGAUGUUGGACAGCUUGUUGAGUGACAAAGAGGAAUGUCUAGACUUUGCAGAAGGUCUGGGAAGUUCUACUUCCAAACAAAAUGAAGAUCCAGAAGAUGAUGAAGGAGGAGAAGAAGAAGAAGAAUAUGAUGAUGAAGAAGAAGAAGAAGAAGAAGAAGAAGAAGGUGAAAUAGAUUUUCAGCAGAAUGAUUCUUCUGGAGAUGAUGACAUCAUUAGUGAUGAUGAUUUGGAUGAUGCAGAAGAUAUUGUUUUUGAUGAUUCUGGAAGUGAUAUGGACCUCAGUGAUACUGAUGAGGUUUCUAAGCUAAAAAAGAAGCAGAAGCAUAAGGUGGAGGGUCAGAACAAGAAAGGGCAUGGAAAAGCCAAUGAUAUUUUUGUUUCUGCUGAAGAAUUUUCGGAGAUGCUGGACAGUGCAGGAGCCUCUGGUCUCAGAAUGUCAGGAUCAUCUGCUCUUUCGAAUAGAGAUAAUGCAGGUGAAAAGCAGUUGAAAUGGGAGACUGAACGAGAUUUCUGGUUUAGCAGAGGAGGAAAGCGUUCAGGGAAAAGUAACAAAAACAAGAGGAAGUUGGAUGGUUAUUCACUUGGAAAAUGGAAUGAGAAGAUAACAAAACGAAGAAAGAAGUAGUGACAGAGAAUAAGAUGAGAGUUUUGAGGUUUGCACAGCUGUGAGUCUGAAGAUGGCUGUCUUCUGAGUUGUAGUGCCAUGUAGUCUAGUAGAAGGUUACCUUCUACCAGACUACAGCAGUAUAACCCAGAAGAGAAUAAUAGCAAGUCACCUGUGUAAACACUUUUAUUCUAUGUGAUUGAAAGUCAUAAAUCAUGAAGUGGGAGAAACAUGUACAUAAAUUACAUUAAAUAAAUCAGUGGCUAUUUUAAAUGCCCUUGCUUGUCUUAAAA